AUGAAGCACCGCUGAACUGAACAGAAAGAGAGCAUAUGCUUUGCAAAGAUUUGCUCAAUGCAGUUUUAUGGACUUCGGUGGACCAAUUCUCUGAAUUUCACAUCAGCCUGUUAUUUUGGGGACAGAUCUAGCAGGCUGGCAAAGCUUUCGAAUUUGAGGAUUAUCACUCAGAAAUAACUUGAGGAAUUAUUUGACACCAAAAGGAUAUAUAGUUUCUUGGACACUGGGUUUCUUUGAUUCAACAUUGUGACAAUGCCUGUGAUCGUACUGGAGGCCCGAGACUUCACUAGUCCUCUGUUCUUGAUAAGGACAUGGGAGGUCAUAUCUAGCUGCAUCACUGUCAGUCUCGUAGCCUCUCUGGAAGAUUUUGAGUUAAACAACAAUUCCUCCAACCUCCACUUCAACACAUUCAGGAUCUCCUGCAUGUUCACCUGGUGCUUCUUCUUCAUCCUUUCACUUCUCAUCCACAUUAUCAGUGUCAUCCAGUUUCACAGCCUCAUCCCAAUAUCGUGGAAGAACUUCACAAUGACUGUGGCAGUUUUGGGUGCACUGAUGUGUUUCACUGCUUCAGUGAUUUUCCCCUGGAUCAUCAUGGAUUACCAAAAAGUAUCGCCGCGCUCUGUGGCGGCCGCUGUGACAUCCGGCCUCACCCUCCUGGCUUACACUUCCGAGUCCUACGUUCUUCACACACAAGAGCAAAGAGGUUACAUGGGCAGCCUGCCUGGUCUCCUCAAGACAAUCCAACUCUGGGGAGGCUGUCAGAUGAUACCCCUGGUCGUAGAGGUGGCCGGAGCACUGCAGGAUGGAACGCACAGUUGGCAAAUAUUGGUCACUGGAGUCUCAUAUGGAGUUUGUAUGCUCAUGUCCCUGGUCACUCUGGUGGUGAUAUUAGGUGACUUUGCUGGACGGUGCCUUCUACCUUUUGAUAGAUUCUUGGCUGGCUUCAGUCUGACUGGGGUUUUGCUCUACAUGAUGGCCACAGUGAUUUGUUUUACCAAGAUUCUGCAGCUGAGAGACCCCGAACAACACAUCUCAAGUGAAAGUGCAGGGCUGAUCAUUAUGGAGACGGUGGUUGCCAGUAUAACACUCUUAGCUUAUACAUUGGACCUUGCCUUUUCCAUUAAACUGUUGUGUGACAGGAGCCGUGCAUGAGGCAAUCUUUACUAGUAAUGCAUCCUACCUUUUUUUCAUUGAGACCUAUGAAAAGUUUUGAAGACAAAUAUAUCUUUGGGACGAGUGUACAAGUCAAACAGAACCAAUGUUUUUUUAAUCAUGAAUUCAUGCUGCCUAAUCAAAUUCUUUCUCUUUACCCAUGAAUUGUUGAUUUAGAACAAAAAAUGCUGAUUACAAACUAAACAAACCAGAUAAAAUUAUGAAACAAAGAACCAAGAUGGCACUGGAUUGUUUUGUUGAGUUCAAAAAAUGGGAUCAGGUUAUCUCAUCAUGAAGGGGUUACAUGAGGUUUAUGAUGUAGUUCACUUUAACCCACAUACAGUACAGCCACUAAACCUGGAUCCUGUGACAGGCGUACUCAUUUUUACACAA